AUGGCACCGUCUCCUGGCUUCCUGCUCUGGGGCUUGUGGUGGUUGGGGACAAACGAUGCAGCGACCUGGGAGGGGGAAUGCUCCGACUCCAUCGGGCUGAUUCCGGAUAGCUUGGGCAGGCGUGACAGGCGUCGCCUCACCAAACUGCUCAACGCACAGGUGUCUUGCCUGGUGACGCCCUUGCCUGUAUGGGAUCCUUUGCUUGGUCUGCGAGGUGGGGCGGUGGUGAUACGGUGGCGCCGACGGCGUGGGCAUAUGUGUGAGCGGCAGAGGACCACUUGGCAGCGGCAGCCGCAGCUGUCCUUCUGGAUGGGAUGGCCUCUGCGAGGCCGGCGCGUGGGCGAAGCGAGCCAUCCCGGGCCUGAGCCAGGAACACCUAUCGGGUCUGAGCGCCCGCCCCGCGAGCGCUCACCGCCUCCUCGAGCUCCCGCUCCUGGUGGCGCCGGUGCUGCGCGGGGCGGGCGCGCUUACUGCCCUGUUGCCGGAUGCCCGUGCUCUGACCCGGCCCGUGCUCGCGGUUGGGCGAAUGAGAGCUCAAUGCGUGCCCAUAUUGAUGCGCAUUUAGCUGGUUCACUGGAUGGGGACGUGCCCGCUGCCUGGAUGCAGGCCCGUGGGCGCAUCCGCUGUCCUGUGUGUGGGCUCAGCGUGUCGGAGCGCUAUGGCGUCCACCCAACCUGCCGUCCAGAGGCGAGGGCAGCUGCCGUGGAUGACGUCGACGCCAUGGAAGUGGACGGCUUGCCUUGCCUACCCUGGCUGCCAUACAAUCUGCACGUUCUCACUCGGGCGCUAGCUGCUGUGGCCCACCGCAAUGAUGUCGCGGCGUGGCUGGAGCUUCUGAUGCUGCCACAAUGUGUGCUGUGCGCGCCGGGGCGCGGGGGUCGGCGACACCGCAAGGCUGCUGCUGCCUUCACUCUUGACAGGCUUCAGCGAUGGCAGGAAGGCGAGCGCCUCUCACUCUGGGAGUCCAGGCCUCGCCGCCGGCCCCCACGGUCCGGACCAUUGACGCCCGAGGAGCGCCGGGACAUUGCCACCAGCUGGGGGCGUGAAGGCUUUGAUCUGAAGGCCUGCGCUGCCCUCAUGUCUAAGGGUCUCUGCCCUCAAACCGAGGAAACUGCCAAAGCUCUUGCUGCCCUCCACCCUCACCGGCCCUUGCCUUCCACACCGGCCAUGGGUGACUUGCCACUCCCUCCUGCUUUGGCCCCGGAGUUGGUUGCCCGCUGCUUGCGAGCUUUUCCAGUUGAGACCGCCCCAGGCCCAACAGGACUUCGCGUGCAGCACCUGCGGGAUGCUUGUGUUGCGGGUGGGGGUGACAGCUUCAUGGCUCAACUCGCCGAUGUGGUCAACCUCAUGGCCCAGGGGCGGGCCCCUGUAGGCGUGGCUGUCAAAGGAGGUGCUGAAAAAGCUGUGCACGCCGUACGUGCGUGGAGUGCCAGGCAUUCUGGCUCGUCGCAUAAAGCUCUCCUGAAGCUUGACUUCCGCAAUGCCUUCAACUGUGUGAGCAGAGAGGAAGUGCUUAAGCAGACUGUCGUCCACUUCCCGGCCCUGGCCCGCUGGGCUGCUUGGUGCUACCGUCAGCCGAGCUGCCUGCAAUUCGGUGACCGCGCCUUGGAGUCGUCAGCUGGUGUGCAGCAGGGAGAUCCCUUGGGACCCUUGUUGUUUUCCUUGGCCUUGCAACCGCUGGCUGCGGAGCUGCGGUCGGAUUCUCUGGACCUUGCGGUGCACUUUCUGGAUGACGGGGUGCUCGCUGGCGACUUUGCCCCCUUAGGGGCUGCGCUCCGGCUUGCCCAAACGCGUUCUAGAGCCAUUGGCCUGGAGCUCAACCUUGACAAGUGCGAGUUGGUGGUUUUUGGUGCCCCAAACACGCAGCUCCUUCGGCCGCACUUCCCUGCCAACCUGCUGCAACGGCCCGAUGGGUCCAGCCGUGUCCUCGUCAAUAACUUCGAGUUUCUGGGUGCAGCAAUUGGGGAGGACAGCUACAUUUGCGCCCACACUGCGGCGCGGGCAGCCAAGGCUGGCGAGCUGCUGGAUGCUGUGGCGGAGCUGGAGGCCGCUGCCCUGGCCACUUUCGAUGGCCACGUGCAACGGUGCUUCGGUGAUUUGACCGGCCUUCACCUUACUGCUGGGCAGUGGCGACAGGCUGCACGGGGGGUUGGGCAGGCGGGCUUGGGCUUGCGCGCUAGCUUGGUGCAUGCCCCAGCUGCCUACUUGGCGUCGCUUGGAGCAAGCUUGGCCGACUGUGCUGACAUUGAUCGUGCUUUUUCUGCCCAGGCCGUUCACGGUUCGCCUGCUGUGGCCGCCGCGCUGCGGGCGCUGAAUCGGGAGCUGCCCCAAGACUCAGCCCUGUCCCUGUGCGAAGCCUUGGCGGCCAAACAGCGUGCGCUUUCGGAGCGUGUGGACCUGGCCGGCUGGGAAGCGCAGCUGGUGCAAGCCUCCUUGGUGGAAAGGGCGGUGCUCCGCUCGGAAGCUGGCCUCGGGGCCAGGGCCUUCCUGGCAGCUACGCCCUCCGGUCGGACACGGCUCGAGCGCCCGGGGUUGCUCCUGCCCCAGUCUCCGGAUGACACCCACUUGGCUCGUCGGCGACCGGCUGACAUUUACGUGCCUUCCUUAGCCGGGUCCCCUGCCGCGCUUGACUUCGCCAUCACGGCGCCCCAGCGGCAAGAGACCUUGGCUUUGGCGGGUCAGGAGGCUGGAGCAGCAGCGGCCGCGUAUGCCCGACACAAGGAGGACCACCAGAGCACUGCACGAACGUGUGAGGCUCAGGGGGUCACCUUCGUGCCCAUGGUGGCAGAAACGACGGGCAAUUGGGAUGCUGGGGCUGCCGUCGUCAUCAAGCACGUCGCUCGCGCUGUAGCAGCCCGCACUGGGGAGAUGCCAAGUUUGCUACAUUCCCUCUUGUUGCAGGAACUGUGUGUGGCGGCUCGGUCCCACCGGGCAAAGGCUGCUCUGAGGCGGCGGCUCGCUACGACUGCGCUCGGGGAUACCUAG